UGUCAUCCAGCUCCAGCUCACAUUUACACGCACAGGCUCGCAGUAGCAGUACUAGUUGUACUAGACCUAUUGCCCACUAGAUAAAUGCAAAAGCCUCUGUAGCUCACGAGAGCCAUGAGUGAGGUGAGGCUCUCUAUCCCCACAAAGCUCAAGAACACUUUGACACUAUUAUCCGCGUUGCAUCCAAAGAUCACAGCCACAUAUCAUGAGCACCAGCUCAGAUGAGAGAAUGUUUGAGAUGGAUGCCGAGCCAGCAUCACCAACGGAGUCGGCCCCUACGCAGCAUCAAACUACUUGCCACAUCAUUGAGGGCGUCCUUGGGGGCUGCACGCCAUUGGAGAUGGAGAUAUAUGAGAGGGCCAUGGAGCAUGUGAGGGAGAUGGGGGAGGGGAGGAAGAGGAGCAGCUUGAAGAAGGGGCUCAUGGUGAGGCUGAGGAAGGAUGGCUACGAUGCUUCUCUCUGCAGGUCUUCCUGGGUCGCCACCACCCAGCAUCCCGGAGGUGACCACGAGUACAUCGACGUCCGCGUGGCGGGGGACGGCGGGGCCGGGCGGACCAGGCUAAUCGUGGACAUAGAUUUCAGGUCCCAGUUCCAGCUGGCUAGACCGGCCCCAUGGUACGCCCACCUCUCGGCCCAGCUGCCCGCCGUGUUCGUGGGCCCGCCGGACAGGCUGCGGAAGGCCGUGGCGCUGCUCUGCCUCGCCUCGCGCCGCUCGCUCCGGGAGAGCGGUCUAGACGUCCCGCCGUGGAGGCGGUCCAGCUACAUGCAGGCCAAGUGGUUCCCCUCCCCCGCGCCGCUGCCGGACGGGGACGCCGCGGUGGCCCAGCAGUCGCAGUGGUCGGUGGCCAAGCCGGGAGCGGCCGGGUCCCGGAGGUCGGGCCUCUCGAUGGAGAUGGACGGCCAGGAUGCCUCCUCGUGGGCGCAGUGAGAAUGUUUUUUUUUCAUCAUCCUUCGCUGUUGGAUAGGGGUAGAAAGUUUUAGGUUGGACGGAGGUGUGGUGGUGGUGCCGUGGAGCUAGUAGCUAGUCACAGGUCAGUAGUCAGUGUUCUGUGGAAGCAGUGGUCACCUUUCUAAAUUUUUGCUUACGCCGUCAACAGUCGCCUCUGACAGCCACCACAUUUUGGGGUGCAUUUUCUGGGUUCAGCAGAAAUCCAUGUCGCAAGUUUAAUCCAGCAAUGUGGCAAAAA